AUGACCCGAUUUGACGAUGGCUGGGAGAGCCGAUUAGAUGCCAUCUGGAUGAGGAGCCGUACGGAAAAGAAGGGUGCAGCAUCUCAAAAGGGAUUGGAGCUGGGCGCAGUUGGAGAGCGUUGUCGUGCUCUUCUCCAAGCGAGGCAGAAGCCAAGGUGUCUAGCCGAGAAACGCGCCAAAGAAGGGUCAGAAGACUCAAGAGGCCAGCGUGGCCAAGCCGACAACGAGGCGCGCAGCCUAGCUGAAGAGCCACCUGAUAUUUCUCGUCAACAGCCGUUCGCAUUGCAGUGCAGUCAAAGCCUUGCCUAUCACGAUGAGAGAGGGAGUGAAAACAAGGGCACCAUCUCACACAGACUUGCUACUGUGUGA